AUGGAUGACCGAUCAGAUAUACUAUUUUGCGCCGUUUUCAUAAGUGUCGUUAAAGAUAAUGCCAGUAGUGAUCGUACCGAGAGUUCACAUUCAGAAUCAGAUCUACAGACUUCCCCAGUGGAGUCACAAAAAUCACCCACACGCUUCUAUUAUGCAAACAUGUGGAGGAAAUCAACGGGGGAACCUCGUCAGAUGGCGGAAACAAUUCCCACAUUCUCGUGUCCUCCUCAACCAACUUCCUCAUCUUCAUCAUUUGUAAUAGAACAGAGCGUACCUCGGACAGUUCCAUGUGCUCCAACACCACCUCAGCCAUAUCCCACUAGUGGUAUGGUACUUUCUUCAGCACAAACUAUGCCUUUUUUUAAUGGCGAGAAGGAAUACGAUCUUAUUCAGGAGCUGCUAAAGCUGAACAUCGAAGGUUGUGUUGGGUCAGGAUCCGGAAUCGGCACACUAAGCCAUACUUCACCAAAUAUUACAGCACUGCAUGCAAGGUUACAAGAUGUGAAACUGGACAAAGAAUCACUUCCAGUGAGAACUCCCGCGAAAUUCCCCGCUGUAUGCGAGACAGGUAUCAACCAGCGCACACCUAGUACAUUACCACUCAAACAGCAGUCAAGCCAGCUAUAUCCCAAUUACCAGCAACAACUGGAUUUAUUAAAUUGUUGGACAUCGACGAUGCCUGUACAUCAAGUAUCUACUGUGAUGCCUCGUCCCGUAGUUGGCCAGAAUGCAAUAUUGAAGAGGGAAUCGUCGGUAAGGGACGAUGGAGAGUUGGGCCCUAUUGUGACGGAAAUGUUACGACAGCAGGCAUUGUACGAACAUUUAUGUGGUACUUACCUUUGUGGACAGUCACCACUACCACCAAUAUUUAAGCCAUACAUUCCACCGCUGAGAUCGUACCAUCGUGGUUCAGCGUCUGCGCUGGAGUUACAUCUACGAUUGGAAGAGUGUACCGAGCAGUACCGUCAAUUGGAGAAAGAACGUAAGAAGACGGAAGCGGAACUGGCUCGACAUAACCUAGGUAAGAGGAUAUCCUCAGCCAACAACAUGCCUAUUCCUCGUCUCGUCCAAGUGCCCUCCAGAAUCGAUCGUCUCAUUGUUGAUUUCUUCAGGGAGCAUGCACGCGUUGUAACCUUAUUGACGAAAAUGGAGCAGCUUCGGGAAGCGCCAUUACCACUUGCGGUUCACAAUGCAUUACGGGAAUUGCACGAUGCGAUUAAAGUACUGCAGCAAUGUCGAAUUAACGAAAGGCAUGCUAUAUUGCAGCGUCUUCGUGGUGAAAUAAUUCGAUUUAAUGAAGAUCUGGAGACAAACACUUUAACGGCAGCUCUGACAAAUAUAUGCAAAGCAGUGGUGAGGGCUCGAGCAGCAAACUGGUGUUCCCUGAUGUGGACUAUUGGUGUGGACGCUGAUAGCGAGAAACAUAUAGAUCGAAUCCUUAGUGCUGACUUCCAGAUAGCUCCUCCCGAAAUCAAGCAUCGUCCUGUUUAGGUCUUCCAGAAGGUUGUGUAAGCCUGACUUAUCAGAUAUUAUUAUCAAGCUUGGUCCAACAGCAACAUUAUUGUAGCAUCUUCCACUUUCAUAGAAAAUCCUGUACUUCAGCAUUCUAGCAGUCACUUGUUCUAGUUAUUGUUGGCUGUUUGUCUUGUUAUCAGCC